CGGCGGGGAGGACCGCCCGCCGCCCACAUCCCCGCCGCCGCCGCCGCCGCCGCCGCUAACUUUGCUUCUCCGCAAAGAGCCGCCCUCCGGCAGACAGAGGGUCGGCGGAGCCGGGGUCCGAGCCGGCCCCAGCGAUGAAGGGCCGGCGGCGGUGGCGAGGCGAACAUCGCCGCUUCGCCGCGGUGCUGGUGCUGUACACCCUGCUGCUGCUCCUGCUGGUGCCCUACGCGCUGGACUACGGGGCCAGGCGCGGGAGAGUGGACGAGGAGCCGCUGCUGCGGCGCUGCCCAAGCCUGGAAGAGGCGCUGAGUGAGUGGGGCUGGGAGCAGCGGCCGCCGCUGGACGAGGAAGAGGAGGAGGAUGAGGCGGGCACGGCAGGGGCGGCAGGUAACGGCAGCGCGGGGAAGCGGCACAUCUACCUGCACGCUACCUGGCGAACGGGCUCCUCUUUCCUCGGGGAGCUCUUCAACCAGCACCCCGACGUCUUCUACCUGUACGAGCCCAUGUGGCACCUUUGGCAGGCGCUCUACCCGGGGGACGCGCUGAGCCUGCAGGGAGCCCUCCGCGACAUGCUGCGCGCCCUCUUCCGAUGCGACUUCUCCGUCCUGCGCCUCUACACCGCCCCGUCCGGCCCCCGCGACCCGCUGGCCCCCGCCCCGCCCGCCGCCGACAACCUCACCACGGCCAGCAUCUUCGGCUGGCGGACCAACAAGGUGAUCUGCUCGUCGCCGCUCUGCCCCGCCGCCCCGCGGCCCCGCGGGGAGAUCGGCCUCGUCGACGGCGCGACCUGCGAGGAGAAGUGUCCGCCGCGGGCGCUGCGGGAGCUGGAGGCCGAGUGCCGCAAGUACCCGGUGGUGGUCAUCAAGGACGUGCGGCUGCUGGAGCUGGGCGCGCUGCUGCCGCUGCUGCGGGAGCCCGGCCUCAACCUGCGGGUGGUGCAGCUCUUCCGCGACCCCCGCGCCGUCCACAACUCCCGCCUGAAGGCGCGGCAGGCGCUGCUGCGGGAGAGCGUCCAGGUGCUGCGCAGCCGCCACCGCACGGAGCCGCGGGGCCCGGCCCGGCACCAGCAGCAGCAUCUCCUGCUGCCGCCCGGGCUGCUGGGCGGCGGGCGGCCGCCGCAGCCGCAGCACCGCGCCGAGUUCUUCCUCGGCGGCGCGCUGGAGGUGAUCUGCCAGUCCUGGCUGCGCGAUCUCCUGCUGGCCCGGCGCGCCCCGGACUGGCUCCGCCGCCGCUACACGCAGCUCCGCUACGAGGACCUGGUGCGGGAGCCCCGCGCCGAGCUGCGCCGCCUGCUGCGCUUCGCCGGGCUGACGGUGCCGCCGGCCCUGGAGGACUUCGUGCUCAACAUGACCCGCGGCGCCGCCUACUCCUCCGACCGGCCCUUCCUCAUCUCCGCCCGCGACGCGCGGGAGGCCGUGCACGCCUGGCGGGAGCGCCUCAGCCGCCAGCAGGUGCGGCAGGUGGAGGCGGCGUGCGGAGAGGCCAUGAGCAUCCUCGCCUACCCCCUCAGCGCCGGCGACGCCCGGUAGCGCCCGAGCCCCGUGUCCCGGACGGGCCCAGGGCGGACGGACGGACGGGCGGAGCCGUCGGGCAGAGCUGAGCGCGGGGCUCACCGCUGGCAUGGUAGGCGCCGACCUGGCGGGCCGGGCGCUCCCUCGGGGGCAGCCCCGGCUGAGGGACACCUCGCCUCGCAGCGCUGCAGGGUCCAGGCCCCCCGUGCCGCCGUGGCCUGUUGUGGCUGUGUUCCUUCUGGGCCGGGUGGAGAGGGCAGGGGGGAUGUUUUAUUUACGAGGCGGGUUUGUGGUGAGGUGACGCCUCAUGAGGUGUCUUCUGAGUACGGCAUCGCUCUUGGAGCCUUUUAGCGUGAAAACGUGAUCGUGUACAAAGCACAGGUAUGCUACAAACAAACUGCAUGAAAAUUUUAAAAUCCCCCAGGUGAGCACUCUUAGCAGGGAACUAGAGGGCCUGGAAGGUGGUCCUGUGGGAGCAUUGCCCUUCUGGAGCUCUGAAUCACUGACCUCUAUCCCACUGCUACUGAAACACAAGAGGCUUCCGUGAAGUUGCUGCAGAGGUCGGCAGGGGCCUGGGCAGCCAGGAGGGUGCCUGCUGCAGGGGAGGACUCAGCUCUGCUGCUCCAAACCUGCUCUGCAGGGAUGGGCUCUGCCCUGUUCAUUGCUGGUGCUUAGGGAGGGGGCUGAGGGAAGGGGAACCACGUCCAACUGUGUCCAUCCUUCUGAGCAGCAGGGUAAGCAGUCGUGCAGGGAGAGUAAGCAUUCACCUGCUUAUGUGUUUUGAAGAUGUUCAUGGCAGAAAUCUUUGCUUUUCUGAAGGAAUGUGUAAUUGUUUUGAAAGUUGGAUUUUUUUUAAUAUAUAUACAUAUAUUGAUAUAGUUUGGUGACACUCAUGUGAGAUGCAGGUGACUAACAUGUUUCUUUGGAACACGUGUAGGGGUGAAUGGAACUAGAAGGCAAAUGCUGGACAUUUCUGGUUUGUUUUCUCUGUCAGAUGAGAGAAUCCCUUUUCUUCCCUUGCUUCCGGGCUGACACAUUGUGCCGUGCUCAGGGUCCUGAUCACAUCCCUUCCAAACAAUAACAUCCUCUCAGCUGGCAACUCCUGGACAAAAGCAAAUGUUUCCUAAGACAAAUUAAUCAUGAAGUUCCCAAAUAAAAUCUUACAUUAAAAACAAACAAACAAAUGAAACAAACAACAACAACAACAAAAAAAAACCCUGAAGUUUUAAUUUGGAUUUUAAAAUGACAUGUUCCUGCAGGUGUCCUGCAACUUGUGCGAAAAGAGGGUGUGUGUUUAUCUGCAAGUACCUUUGUUUCUUAAUUUCUUGAUGUGGGGAUAGAAGGUUCAGUUGUAAUUCAGGGGUGCAGUUUCAUAACUUCAUAGAGACUGCUUUUGAAUCUAUUACAGUCUGGUAGUCUUUAAAUGGCCCCACGAAAGUGUACAGGAUUAUAGGGAUGUUUACAUGCAGUCCUCAAAUACAAAUCCAGAAUAUGAGUUUCAAAUUGAGGAUAAUCCAGGAUCAGGAAGAAAGCAGUAUUUAUAUAAAGUGCUGAAAAUAAAGGCAGUUCAAAGAUGUUAUGUUAUCAUGGAGGAGGUGUUUGAUUUGCACUGAACUUUUUGUGCUCUGUUGUGCUGCACAGCAUGUCACUAAGUUAGGAUGAACCUUCAUUUAUUUUAGCUUUUUUCCCUUCAUCUUCCCAUCUGAGUGUAUGUUGGCACAAGAAGCAGGUUUCUUUCAUUAUCUGACAGGAAAAUGUAGUCAUAAAAAUGUUUCUGAACAAAUGGAUCCAUUUCCCUGUAGCAUAUUUCAUAUAGUUCUGCAACCUUGGGCUUCUGCUAGAAGUAAGAAUUACAGGGUCUUGUUUUGUGCUGGAAAACCUUGUGUAUUAUCUAAGGGAUGCUUCUGCAUUCUCUCACUGUGCCUAUGACACCAAAAUUUGUCUCUGGGUGUUCUAGUGGCAUUUAAUAAUGGUAUUUGUAUAGACAGACAAUACCUGUACAAUGCCUUGAUAACCUGUGUCAGGUUACCUAUUUUGGAAGGCUUUUCUGGGACUACACCCUGUACAGCUUGGCUUGUACUGACAGGUUUGGAAAGAAAUUAAGAUUUUUGUGCAUACCAAAAGAUGAUACGGUACUUAUUUUCUUAAAUCGGUUGGGAGAUUAAAAUCCAAUAUAUCCUGUUGAUUUGUUCUUAGCAAGUUGCAGCCACAGAAUUGUGUGAUGCAAAAAUUAAGCAUUCUCCUCACUUUGGCAGGGAAUCUCAUCAUCAUGCUCUUUCAGGUGGUAAAUAUCUUUCGUGAGUCUUUCAAAAUUCACACCUAAUUUCACUUAAAAUGGUUCAUCAUGAUGAGCAAAGAAGUGUUAACAUCUAGCUUAACUUGAUUCUUGUAGUUGGGAGGAAAUCCACUUAUUGGAAUUUAUAUGGUAUUUUCUGAAGCUGUUUCCAUUUUUGAGCUGCAGAGGUGGGGAAGAGCCUUGAGGGGAAGCCAUGUGAGGAGCAUCUGAGGGGAUUUGGUCUGUUCAGACUGGACAAGAGGACACUGAGGGGAGACCUCCCUGCAGUCCACAGCCUACUCAUGAGGGGUGCAGGAGGGGCAGGCACUGAUCUCUUCUCUCUGGGGGUCAGUGACAGGACCCAGGGAAUGGCCUGAAGAUGUGCCAGGGGAGGUUUAGGUUGGAUAUUAGGAAAAGAUUCUUCACCCAGAGGGUGCUUGAGCAUUGGAACAGCUCCCCAGGGGAAUGGUCAGAGCACCAGCCCGACAGAGCUCAAAAAUAUUUUGGACAAUGCUACAUGCACAUGAUGUGACUGUUGGGGCUGUCCUGUGCAGGGCCUGCAGCUGGACUUUGCUGAUCCUUGUGGGUCUCUUCCAACUCAGGAUAUUCCAUGAUAGAUGCAUUUUCUGUGUCAAUAAUUAUUUCUGUCAGCAAAAGUUGUUCACUAGCCUGGUUGUUCUCUGUGAGUGAUUAUUUCAAUUUUUUAAAUUUUUGUAUAAUGUGAGAAGGGCUCCAUUGGGCGAAGUGUACAAAAUAUAGCAAGUGCAAUUUUUAUUUUUGUAUUCAGUGCACCUGAAUUCAUUAGAAAACUCAACUACAAUAUCUAUAGGGAAUAUCCAAAGCUGAGAAAGAAACAAUUAGGCCAGAGUGAAAUCUUAGAACAGUAUAUGGAUGACAAUUGCUUAAUGACUGGUGGUGUGACAUGUGCACUUCAGUCACUUGAAAGUUUUCUAAAAUUCUCCUGCCCAAGGAGGACAACUAAGGCUCACCAACAAAUGCAUCCCAUUUUUCUCUUCAGAGUGUUUUGAUGGCAUUGGACAGCAUCAUUCAGGGUGCUUACAGCAUGUACUUGGUCUUGAAAUUCAGGCCUUGGAAAAAAAACCAAAUAUACUGUCAAAUGUCAGUAUUGGUAUUUACCUAAAAAAAUAGAAACAGGCUGAUUAGGAUGACCAGCAUGGUGUUUCGGUAGCAGAGAUCUUUGGAACCAACCAGAACUUGCUGAAAACAGGACCCGCAUAGUUACAUUGCAUUUUGAGAGCAGCUAGACAUUUUUGGCUUGGGCAGUUUGAGGUGAAUGUAGGAUGAUGUAGAAAAUUGAACCGCAACUGCUCGUUUAGAGAAGAGCAUGGCAUGAUAAGCAAGAGAACAGAAAACACAUUUUUAUAGCCAACCUGAACUUGGAAGGCUUAGAAUCGAGGUGCAGGGCUCAGCCAUAAAGUUUUAGUAUUUCAGACUGAGAUUGGUAAAAAUUACCUACUUGUGCUGCAUUACAUACAAUGAAUUAACAACUUUAAUUAAUUAAAAAGUCAUAGUAGGAAAUGGGUACAAAACUCACAAAUGCUCACAAGACAUUUCUGUCUGGUUUUACUUAACUUCUGAUUGUCACAUGUCUGAGUGAAGGGAGGUAGAAACUUGUACUGUAGUUAUUCAUAAAAGGCUGGGAUAUUUCCAUGCCAUAUUUUUUAACUGCUCUUUUACAACACCAUAUCUGUAUUUAAAUUGUUUCUUUCAGGGAGGAAAACUAAUGACAUACUUGUGGGAAAUGAUGAAAGCCCAGGGCCAAGAAAUACUUGAACCCCACCUUAUUUCUACUCCUUAGGAUAUUACUGAUGGAGUCCUUGUAGAUAUCCACAGUAUGUACUUACAUACUACAGGUACAAUAGAAAUAGUUUGGUACCAGUUGCAGUAUCUAACAGAAGUAUUAGAAUAGUUGUGGAGUUACUUAUUUAACAACUUCAGUAUUGCAUGAGUCAUUUUAGCCCCCUCCUCCCCUAUCAGUCUGGUCAUCAAGAAAAGUCCUGAGUUUCUGCAUGAAGUUCUCAGUGUCACCAAUUCCAGUAAAGCUCAACAAUGAAAAUGCUGCAGAGUUUCUGGGUUUGUUAUGGUAAUGCAAUUAAACCACUGAAACCCUGAGAACCAAUAAGCCAAACAGUGUGUUCUGUUCCUUUCUUGAGCACAGAGAGCUGUCACUGAGACUCUCUGAUGGUGCAUGUCAUUUCUCAGAGUCACCAUGCAAUCCAUGAAGCACUGGGAACACCUGAGAUGUUGUUUUGUCUUUCUUACUUAACUUGACAUGACACCUACCACCAUGGAGAAUGACGUGGGAGAAAUACCAUUUGUCAAACUAGCAGUUUUCAACACCCCACUGGCAGUGUGUGUGUGUGUGAAUGAGGGCCCAGGCCCAGACUGUCCUUCUCCUGGCUGUUUUUCAGAGAUGAAUCCUGGAUGCAAACACAUUGAGGUGGUGUGUUUCAAUGAUUGAGGGGUUUGUUGUUUGUUGGUGAGAUGUAUAUCUGGUAGUCUCAGCUCUGAAGAACAGCCCAGAAGCUGAUUCACGUUUUAGGACUUGCAGUCUGGAUAUUGAGUACUGUGAAAUUCUUGCUUCCACCUCUGAGAUGUUAAGCUCUGCUGCUAACCUGGGGCACCUGCAGUGCCAUUUCUUGUUGCUGUUACAUGGGAAUCCAGUCCUUCCCUGGAGCUUCCAAAUUUGUUGCCCUGUUUCCAAAGGUCCAACCUUGCCAAACUUCAAUUGUAUAUAGACUGAAGCUUUUUGUCAUGGGCGUAAGGUUUAAGUCUCUUGGAAUUUCAGUCAAAACAGUUGCAUAUUCUUUUUAACUUAGGAUGUGGUGGUCUUUUGCCUGUGUUCAAUUAUUCUCAAAGAUAUUUCUUUGCAAUCAUUUGUCACUUCAGUGUUUUGGGACAGGAGCUCCAGUUUGAGUAGGGGAAAUUACCUCUUUGUAGAGGAUGUCCCCUGUGUUUUUUAUUUUUACCUCUGCUUUCUAUUCUGAUUUGGCCAGAUAUAUUAAUGUUUGUAUAAAAUGGAUAGCACGUGCUCAGUAAAAGUGGUUUUGGUAUGUGUGUGUAUCUUUAUUUUAUACCAAAUAAAAUCUGCAUUGGUCUUAUCUCCA